AUGAUGCUUGUGCGCUUGGGAUUGACAUCGCUACGUCGCGCAUCACAAUUUGCUGGCGUUAAGGAUCGUGUCAAAUAUGUACCACGUCGCGCUUUACUUUAUGUACCGGCCAGUAAUCAGAAAAUGCUCGACAAAGUACCAAACAUUGCGACGUUGACGUCAAAAGCAAAUAGCGCGACCAGACAAGCGCGUCGCCAAGCCACACAAGCUCUAGACAAGCUGAGUGGGGAACGAUUACGCUGUUUUGAAUUGGGUUUGCGAGUGAAUUCUGUUGCAAGUGGUUUGUUGGAAGACGACGUAAAGGAGGUUUGCAAAGCAGAACAUCUGCCUCAAGCAUUCAUGGUUCCUAAAGUAGACUCUCCAGAAGAUGUGGCGACAAUUUUUGACAUCUUCAGAACAAAUUACACUGCAGAGCGAGUCACGGAUACUAAUACUCGUCUUGUGAUUUGGAUUGAAUCAGCACGUGCACUCCUUGAUAUGCCACGAAUUCUGUCCUCGACGUUGAACCUUCACAAGAAUUCUGGCUUCUUCAAAUUGGACGCCGUUGUUUUUGGGUCUGACGACUAUUGUGCAGAUAUAGGUGCUACGCGUACGUCAGAGGGCAGUGAAGUUCUCUAUGCUCGUCAACGAUUUGUCGCAUGCUGUAAGGCAUUCCAACUCCAGGCGAUUGAUAGCGUUUAUAUCGACAUCAAGAAUCUCGACGGCUUACGGAAGCAGAGCGACGAAGGCCAUGCAUGGGGAUUCACAGGAAAGCAAACCAUCCAUCCCAGUCAGGUGCCGGUGGUUCAAGAAGCCUUUAUGCCUUCAGCAGAAAAAGUAGAGUGGGCUACUGAGUUGGUCCACGCCUUCAGUCAACACCAAGCAGAAGGGAAAGGAGCGUUUCAAUUUCGAGGCAGUGAAAAACAUAGAAUCGACCAUUGCUACUCCAAGCGACCCAAUACAAUACAAGCUUGGUACUCUAAAUGA